UUGAAGAGAGAGAUCGAAGCCAAAAAAAAAAAAAAAAACAAAAAACAAAACAAAACAAGUUCCCAAAACUCUGAGCGAAACACUGAGAGAGUUCAGAAAGUCGAAGACUUUCGCUCGAAGCUUCAAAAUUCACAAAUUUAAAAAUCCCGAAACAUCUUUAAGUUGAUUAUGGGUGAGAAGAAUACGGUGACUGAAGUUGCUGAGACAGUGGCAAAUGGGGCUAGCCUACCAGAGAAAACAGAAGAAGCUAUGGAUGAGAAGAAAGAGGAGCAAAAUGGAGUAAAAGACAUGGUAGAAAAUAAGAAAGGUGAUGAGAAAGUUGAGGCUGCAAAAAUGGACGAAGACACAGAGGUAAAGGAAGUCAAGGAAAGCAAAGAAGAAAUAGAGGAGCCAAAAACAGAGGCAAUGGAAGAAGAUGCUAGGCCAAGUGAAAAAGAGGUGAUCGAAAAAAAGGAUGAAGUCAAAGAUGAUUUAGAGGAAAAGAUUAAUGUGGCAGAGGAGAAAGAAGACAAGGAUGAAGAUAAGGCAGAGAGUAAGGCGCAGAAGGGGUCAAAGAAGCGUGGGAAAGGGAAGAGUGGAGAGAAAGUAGAAGAGAAGACAAAGGAAGUUAAAGAGAAGAAGGAGCCAGAGCCAAGGACUCCUGCUAUCGACCGCCCUGUACGUGAGAGGAAAUCGGUUGAAAGGCUGGUGGCCUCAAUUGAAAAAGAAGCUGUGAAGGAGUUCCAAAUUGAAAAGGGCCGUGGUAUCGCGCUGAAAGAUAUACCUAAUGUGGCAUUCAAGCUAUCAAGAAGAAAGACUGAUGACACUUUCAAACUGCUUCAUACAAUUCUCUUUGGAAGAAGAGGGAAGGCACUUCAGGUCAAGAAUAACAUAUCCCGGUUUUCUGGUUUUGUAUGGCAUGAAAAUGAGGAAAAGCAGAUGAUCAAAGUAAAAGAGAAACUUGACAAGUGUAAUAAAGAGAAGUUGUCAGAAUUCUGUGAUGUCCUUGACAUACCAAUUGCCAAGGCUACUACCAGGAAGGAAGAUAUUGUUGCAAAGCUGAUAGACUUCUUGGUGGCCCCUCAUGCUACAACUACUGUGCUACUUGCUGAAAAAGAGAAGUCAAGUAAGGGUAGCAAAAAGCGAAAGAGGGUGGCCAGAGGAAGUUCAUCAGCAUCUGGAAGUGCAGCUUCAAAACAUUCAGCAAAGAGCCGAAGAAAGACUGAGGAUCCAGCAAAAAUAGAGAAAAAUAGUUCACUUGAGGCAGAAGAAGAUGACGAGUCUGAAGAAGAGGAAAAAGAAGAGGAGGAACAAAAUGAAGAGGAGGAAAAUGAAAAUGGUGUCGCUGAAAAAUCUGAGGAUGAAAUUCCUGAGCAUUCUGAAAGUGAGGAGAAAACUGAUUCUGAAGAAGAAUCUGAGGAAGAUGUGGAGAAACACAAACGAAGUUCUAAAACAUCAUCUAGAAAGAAGGAAUCUGCCGGGAAAGCCAAAACCAAGAAAAUCACAGUUUCAAAUAAAUCCAGAACAACGCCCAAAAGAACACCUAAGAAAUCAUUGUCCAAACCCUCCAAGGUUGAUGAUGACAAUGAUACAAGUCCAAAGGUGUUCUCAAGGAAAAAGAAAAUUGAAAAAGUAGCAAAAGAAAAGGCUUCAACUCCAAGGAAAGCUGCCUCCAGGGAGAAAUCUGGGAAAAAGGUUGCUAAAGGGAAGGACAAGGUCAAGGAAGAGAAACUCAGGCCAAGUGAUAAUGAGUUGAGAGAUGCAACAUGUGAAAUUCUUAAAGAAGUUGACUUUAAUACGGCCACUUUCACCGAUAUUCUGAAGCUACUUGCUGGGAAAUUUAAAACGGAUCUCACCCCAAGAAAGUCAUCAAUAAAGCUCAUGAUCCAGGAAGAGCUUACUAAACUAGCUGAUGAGGCAGAUGAUGAAGAAGAUGGAGAAGGUGAUACCGAGAAAGAUGAAAACCAGUCUGCUGGCCAAGAGGUGGAAACCUGAAGAAGAAGAUUGAACAUGACUGCAGGGAAAUAGUGUAGCUAUUUAUAUGUAUUCCUUAGUUCCUGUAGUCCACAUGUACUUUUUACUCUUAUCGCUGCAAAAUGAUGGCUGUAAUUUAUUGUUAGAAUUCUAUUUGCUGAAAAAAAAAAAAAAAAAAAAAAAUAGAGUAAUUGUUAGAAAUUAGCAGAGGACUGGAGCUGUGCUGUAGGAUUGCGGCUUGUAUGUAUGCAUUAACAUAAUUUGUAGGAAUUUUCCUGUCUUUAAUAUAACUGACCCUUCAUGGA